UUAUUAAAUAUCAAUUUGCUUUUCACUCCUACCCUAAUGAGCCCAGACUUACAUAGCUGUACUCUUGCCUCUGCUCCUUGCACUGUAUCUUAGUAGAAUUUUGCUGCCGCUUAUUCAGUGUGCUCUCCUUGUAUCUCAGCAAAAUGAGUUCUUGCUGCCUCUCCAUGGUGUUUUGAACCAGAGCACUCUUUCACCUUUUUUUUUUCAUCUUUCACUAUAGAAUUUGUUCCAGGUCAAUUUUGUUCUUUUAUCUUUUGGAGGGUGAUUGGUGACCUCCAAUGAAUUCUUUAUUCUGCCAUCUUGGCAGCCACCCGACUUCUACUCAAUUAUCGUGAGCCUUAUCGUUCUGAAAUAUUGGAUUAUUUAUUUAAGCCAAACUUUGGUGCUUCUUUGAAUAUUCUGAAAGUGGAAGUAGGUGGUGAUGGACAAACAACAGAUGGUACUGAGCCCUCCCAUAUGCACUCUAGUAAUGAGAUGGGUGACUAUCGCAGAGGCUAUGAAUGGUGGUUAAUGAAGGAAGCUAAGAAGAGGAAUCCCAAUAUUAAACUUAUUGGGUUGCCAUGGGCAUUUCCUGGUUGGCUAAAUCCAAGUAGAAGAGAUCCCUAUGCCAAUAUGACAAUGACUGCUUUAUAUGUUGUGUCUUGGAUAUUGGGUGCUAAAAAACAUCAUAAAUUGGACAUUGAUUAUAUUGGGAUUUGGAAUGAGAAAGAUCCUGAUAAAAACUAUAUAAAGGCCCUAAGAAACAUGCUUAAUCACAAAAAGCUGAACAGAGUGAAAAUCAUAGCCAAUGAUCACAACUGGGCUCCCAUUUCCGUUUAUUUGGAAGUGGAUGCAGAGUUCACGAACAUCGUUGAUGUUAUCGGAGUUCAUUAUACUGCAAAUCAAAGUAAUGCUAAAGCUUUGGAGUCAAAAAAAAAACUCUGGUCUUCUGAAGAUUGCAACAAUUUCAAAGAAGAAACAGGUAGAGGCUUCUGGGCCCGCAACUUGAAUCAGAAUUAUGUGAUUGGCCACAUUACUGCCACAAUUGCUUGGAACUUAGUGGGUAGUUAUUAUCCACAAUCACCUUAUGAGAAAGAUGGGCUGCUGACUGCUAAAGAACCUUGGAGUGGGCAUUAUGUUGUAGAGGCUCCUAUUUGGAUUACAGCUCAUACCACUCAGUUUGCUAAACCAGGGUGGAAAUACCUGAAAACAGUUGGCCUUUUAAAAAAUGGUGGAAGCUAUGUAGCUCUUACAGAUGGCUUAGGCAACCUCACUAUUAUCAUUGAAACCAUGAGUCAUUCAAUUUCACAUUGCAAAAAGGGUCAAGUUAAUUUUUUCGCAGUGACUGAACAACUAACCACUUUCUCUCUUCAGGGAAGCUUUAGAGGAGUAAGAAUGCUACAUGUAUGGUAUUCAAAAAUCGGAAGACAAACUUUUCUUGACACAUUCAGACAUCUAUCUCCUCUACAGAUUACUGAUGGUACUGUUACAUUACAAUUGGGUUUGGAUGAAGUGUAUACUUUAACAACCAUUACUACAGGUCAUAAAGGUUGGCAUCCUACUCCUCCAGAAUCACAACCAUUUCCAAUUAAGUUUAAAGAUGAUUUCAAUGUUGGUGAUCAGUGUUUUAGUGCAGCUCCACAUUUUGCAGAUCAAGCAGGUGUAUUUGAAUACCACACUAAUGAUAAUGACAUGGAGGAACAUACCUUCACCUUCCGCCAAAUGCUCACUCAGCGACCUAUCAGUUGGGUUCUGGAUGCAGAAGAGACCAUCAGUAUUAUAGGAGAUCGUAACUGGAAGGAUAUAAAAAUAACUUGUGAUGUUUACAUGGAGUCAUCGACGAAAGGUGGCAUAUUCAUUGCUGGAAGAGUAAAUAAGGCUGGGUCAUAUGUUCGAAAUACCCAAGGAGUUUUUUUCUGGAUUUUGGCAAAUGGGACAUAUGAAGUUACAAGUGAUCUUGCAAGUACAAAUUUAAUAAAGAGAGGAAAUGCUGGCAUCAUGGUUGAAAGAUGGCACACUCUCACUCUGGUUAUUACUGAAACUUCUGCUUAUGGCAUGCUAAAUAGUACACAUAUCUGGACCACUUUAAUGAGGCCAUUUCCCAAGAAUGGUUGGGCAGCAAUUGGAACACGAGGCUACGAGGCUGGCCAGUUUGAUAACUUUUAUGUUGAUGCUUAAAAGUUAGAAUUCCUGAAUCUCUCAAAUAAUAAUUCCUCUCUCCACACUUAUUUUGAGUUUGGAUUCAGUCAAUUCCUUUGGGAUUUUUUAGACAGGAAAAUAUUGAAGGAAUUUGUAUUUUCACACUUGACACUAUUGCAUAUCUUAUUGAUUUUUAAAACAUAUUCUAAUUUUUAAAUUUCAUAUUUCCCCUUUAAUUUCAGAGUGUCAUAUUGCUUCUGUUUCUUAGCACUUUUACCCUUCAGAUCUCACAAAGAUUUUGUUCCAAUGUUGAGGGAAUUGAGUUCUUCUGUCUGGUUUGCAAUUAGUUAUGCUGUAGUAACUAGUAAAAAGGACUUUAAAGAUUUAUUAACUAUUAUUUACCAUACUCACAUGCAACACAUGUCAUGGUGAAGAAAAAUAAUGUCUUAAUCAGAGAGUCUUUGUUUCUUCCAGGUAAUUUUAUGCAAUGCCCAAGGGAGCCUCAAGGGCAGUGUUUUUUAAAUUACUCUAGCAUUUUCAUCCUUACAUUGUAUAUGACCAUUUAAAAAAUGGUAAUGGAAGCAAAGGUGGGACCAUUUCUAAAAUGCCUUAUUAAUAAACUACCUCCUAAACUUUCUCCAAUCAAUAAUAAAAAAAUGAAUGGAUAAUUUUGGACCUUCAUUAUGUAAUUAUUUUCCUUUUGUUGGUUUAGUCAGCUCUUUCUUAUCAGUUUUUUUAAUACCCUAGAAGAAUUGCUUAACAUUUUUGUUUGCAGAAAGAGGGGAAGAAUUGUGCCUUGUUUUAUCACACAAAAUGAAAUUGUGGAAUAAAUUUUUCAUUUGUUCAUUCAUCCCAUAAUACCUCUAACAAGUUUCUCCCUCUCCCCCUUCCUCUAAUAAGCUUUCAUUUGAAGUAAAAUUUCCAAUGAUAAGAAAGUCUGACUACAAUUUAAUAACUCUUUAAUUCUUCAAUCAUUUUAUACUUAAAGAGUGAAACAUAUAUAUAUUUAACCCAUAGCUUCUGAUUUAGUAUCAAUAUUAUAAGGUAAAGACUAGGCAAUUGGGGUUUAGUUGCUUGUCCAGGGUCACAUGGAUAGCAUAUAUCUGAGGCCAGAUUUGAACCCACUCCUCCUGACUCCAGACCUGGCACUCUAUGUACUGUGCUGCUUAGCAGCCCCAACAUAUGUGCUUUUCUUUUUUUUAACCAUCUGUUUUAGAAUUGAUACUAACUAUCAGGUCCAAGUUAGAAGAGCAAUAAGGUCUAGACAACUGGGGAAGUCAGUUGUUAUCACAAGGCUAGGAAGAGUGAAGUGUCUGAGGCUGGAUGUGAACCCAGGACCUCCUGUUUCCAGACCUGGAGCUCUAUGAGCUAUGCCACAGUCCAAUGCCUUUUAUAUAAUACAACUUAGCCCUGUGAUGUAUGAGGAGUAGGUACUUGGUAAAUGUUUGUUCAUUUGUUCAUUUUAUUUACCCACAAUAACUAGGUAUAUAAAUGGAUGCUGCUAAUCAGAGGGAUGUGUGUGAUUAUUCAUGAAGGCAAAAUUAACUGAACUUUUACUUGGAAACACUUCAUUAGCAAUUAAGGUGAAUGUGAACAAUUCAACACACUUUACCUUUAUCUGUGUAAACACACAUAAAUAAGACCUUUUCACUAAUUUAGAUACUAUUUUGUUCAAAUUUGUGACAUUUUUCUAAAAGUCAUCAGAACUACUGACAACUUUCAAGGCUUACUGAGAAUCAGAAUUUAAAUUGGUAUCAAGAAUUGUCCUUUCUUGGAGAGGAAAGCUCCGUGUUGUUUUAAAGGAAUCAGAAAUAGGCUGUCUGGCAGGUUACUUUGUUCUAGAUAUGUAGCCUGUUUAAGAGGAAAUAUUCUACAUUCCUGUGAUUCCUGUGAUUUUAAAAAUAAUAUAUUUAUAACACUGGCAGUAAAUGGUGUUGUUUAGUUGUUUUUCAGUCCUGUCUAAUUCUUUGUGAUCCCAUUUGUGGUUUUCCUGCCAAGAUACUGGAGAGGUUUCCAAUUUUCUUCAUUAGCUCACUUUACAGACGAGGAAACUGAGGCAAACAUGAUUAAGGGACUUAGCCAGUGUCACACAGCUAAUAUGUAUCUGAGGCCAGAUUUGAACAAAGGAAGAUGAAUCUUUUGGGCUCCAGGCCUGGUAAUCUAUCUUUUCUACCACCAGCAUGGCUGAAAACAGAAUAAUGACCUAAGAAGAAUUCUAUCAAAUAUCAUAAUAUCUAUUUUUUGUUAUAGACCAUUAAGUUACACAAGAAUACUUGUUUUCUUCCUCCUUAAAUUUUCCUAGAACUCUUUAAUGUCCCUCUCCUUUAACUCCUAUACCUCCUCUUAUACUUUUCUAUGGAUCUCUACCUGCACCCAUGAGGCUCCCCUGUGUCCUAACAGAAUCUAAGCUGUUUGAGAAACCUAGGAUUAAAAAUAGUAAUAGUUGGGCUGGGAUUAAUACAAAGGGUCAGGGUUAUUACUUAUUAACAUAAAAUUGGGUAAUUUUUUCUUGAGAAGUGGCUUAGUUUUAGAUUGAUCAGUCUUAGGGAGGCUUGCCACCUCCAAGGAUUACGCUGCCAUGUGAACUGUUCUUUUUACCCUUUUCCAAGUAAUGGGCUUUGGUGACUCAGGUUUUCAGAGUAGUCAUUGUGGAAAAGAGAAAUGCAGAAUCAAAUGCAAGAACUGGUUUUAUAAAGUUAUUUCAUAAAAAAAAAUGAGCUAGAACUCUGGCUGCCAAUGGGGGAUGGGAAUGGAACAUCCAGCUAAGGAAAGGAGUGGAACCAUUAGAGAUAGGGGGGUGUUUCCCUUUUUGAAUGGAAGAGAGAAGGAGCAAAAUCCUCACUGAGCAUACUUAGCUUCAAAUCCCUUGUUGAGCAGAAAAAGAUCCAGACUAUUCAUCUGUGUUACAGUGGUUGGAUAGAGACUUGUUUCCCUUUGGAAGGCAAUAGCCUAUUCUUCAGAAGACUUCUUCAAAGCUAUAUCUCUGUGCCAAGAAAUACCAUCAUCUUGAACAUUCAAAUAUAUUAAGAUCAUCUGGGACUUAGUCCCCAGACUUGAGCCUCAAACCUCUGAAGAAAACUAUAGGAGGAAGUUAGCUCAGGGACUUCCUAUUUCCUCUUUCCUAAUUUAUUAUACCCAACCUCUUAUCUAAUAAAUAGCUACUUUCAACUUACUGAGAACUCAGACAUCUUAAAUGUACUAAAAGGGGAAUCAUAGAUACAAUCAACUAAAGAAGAAAGAGAUUGAAGAGGAAUUUUCUCUUACCUUUCAGCUCUAGUCAGAUCUGACUCCAUUUUCCAGACAGCUCUGCCUGGGGAAGGGAGAAUUGGUGUUACUCUUUAUCUGUUUCCUCUUUCUCAAUUACCUGUCAAAACUUUGGUUCCUGAUUCCCUACUAGUACAGUUUGGGCACCCUAGUUUUAAAGACAUAAUUCAUCUUGACCAACUGAAAGGGGGUUGACAGUUGGAACCUCUGAACAAGGGUAAUCAUUUUGGGGGGUUCAAGUGAAGCUUUAAAUUGAAAAGAGAGACAAGAUGUGGCAAUUGGUAAUUUGGGCUUUUAUCAUCAUGAUGCUUGACAUAUACUGGACCUACUUCUUAAUUUAUAAUUUGGUGACAUCAGUAGUAAUGGACACAAUUGAUUAAUUACAAAUACCACCCCCUUUGUAACAAUAAUUCCUUUUACCAACUCUGUGAUGUGGCAAGCAGUGACCCAGGUGUAUGUUAUUCUAAUGGCAACAAUUCAAAUUUUGGCCUAUGUGAAAACCAUAUUAAGAAUGAUUUUACCCAAAAAACAAGCCCAGAUCUUAAUCCUUGACAACAAUCUUGCAGAUUUAGUUAAGAAGAUCUGCAUUGAAUACCUAGCCAGUAAGAAUACUGAUAAAGAUGGUGAGAUGGGGACUGAAGACAUAAAAAAGGAAGAAGUUAAUAACACAGACAAACUAGGCAAUGAUACACAUAGGGCUAAGGGUUCAACAGUUGAGGACACUGAAUCUGACAAUUCUAAAGCAGUUAGCAAGCAAGACAACAACACAACAUCAGAUAUCCCAGGGGCUGGCAAAAUUAUGCCUCUUCAUGACAUAGCAAGGCUAACUGAUGGGUCUGGAGUUUUACACACAAAGGUUCACAAAGCAUUUACCACACAAAACCUGGAAUGUAUGUGAAAAACUUUACCAAAAACAAACCCACGGAGCCUAGAUGGAUUGGCCCAUAUGAUGUAGUUCUCAUCACUCCUACAUCGAUCAAAGCAAUAGGAAAGGAUCCUUGGUUUCAUGCAUCUCAUGUUAAACAUCACUACGCCCAUGAUAACAUGCCAAAAGACAACUUGAUGGAAGCCCAAGAAUCCAUUUAAACACAGAUACCCCAAGAAUAGCCCUUGAUAAAUAAAUGUAGAGCCCAUGAAUCCAACAAAAUCAAACAAGAAGAAAAAGAGAUACUAAGCAGAGACAGUGAAACUGAAAUAGAAUAAUGCCCAAGACAGAUAAUAUAAAUUUGCGUUAGUUAGAUCAGGGAGGAUUAGCGUAGCCUGUGAAACAAACACAGGAGAGUGGAACAUGGGAGUUUAUUUGGGUGGAUUUAGAAUCCCUUAGAAUUAGUAAACUUAUAAAAAAAUCUCCAUCUCAAGACUAGACUAAAAUAUCAUUAACCUCUACAAUCAACCACAAAGAAAUAUAAUAAUCGCCGUACUGUCACACAUUAAGAAACAUACCUACAUUCAUUACAUAAAAAACAAUCUCACUUGCACACAUGAAGAUGGCACAAACACCUGGUAUGAAGUUUCACUCACAUGCAUCAAUAUGCCCACUUUUACACACAAGCACAUGCUAAUCUUACACACAUGCAUGAUCCUAUAGUUCUGGAUACCUGAGAUCGUCUUUCAAGGUGAGAUGUAAGAAAAAUAUGUAUCCUAUAAAGGAGAAGGUACGGGACUGGUGACAAGCUUCAAGUAACACCAAAGGAUGAAAGACACACUGAAAACUGGAAAGAACUUUGAAUCAAAGAUAUUAUGGGGAAUGAACUUAAGGAAAAUGGGUCAUGUAAGAUUAAUCACCGAUCACAUUAACUUCACAUAUAGGGAAGUACAUUCACAUGCACAUUGAAAUAAAUAUGCAUCCACCAUGACAUAUCUAGAACAUGAACAACUUUCACACUGACAUUAGGGGCUGUGCUGUAAAUAAGGACAA